AUGGUCAUCCAAAGAAUAUCCAGCGCUGCACCCCCAUCAACAACACACUUGCCAUCCUCGGCGCAGCCAGCAAAACAAACAGCAACACCCGCCGCAGCAGCAGCUGCAACAGCCCCGCGGCGGAGACCGUCCACUGCCGCCCUCCUGCUCCUGUCCGGCGUACUUCAGGUCGCCCUCUUGGGGUAUGCUGCACAUGUUGACGCCAACCCCGUCGGCGGACUCAAGUACACAGAUGUCGACUGGCGAGUCGUCGCCGACGGCUUGACCCACACCGCUCACCCCGAGAUCGCUGGCCCCGCACAAGGCUGGCUUACCGCGGCGCUCAGCUUGCCCCUCGGCUCGCCAUAUGCACGUGCCACGUUCCGGUACACGCCGCUACUGGUCCUUGUUCUCUCUCCGGCCCUCAUAGCGCCUGUCCUUGGCCGCCUGGUGCUUGUUGCGCUCACACUCGCCCUCCCGCCGCUCAUCCUCUCCGGACCAGCUCCCGGAGACUUUUGGACAACACAUCUCCUCUGGACGCUCAACCCCAUCGUCCUCAACAUCACCACGCGCGGCAGUCCCGAGGCUCUCGCGUGUCUCCUCACUGCCGCCCUCGUCGUUGCCCUUCGUCGCGCCGGACUCGGAAACCCGGCAGCAAAGACGGCAGCCGGCGGCACAGCUGGAGCCUACUGGGAGGCAGUGUCGGCAGCCCUCCUCGCCGUCGCCACAAGCUACAAGGUCUUCCCCGUCAUCUACGUUGCCGCAAUCUGGACAGCAUUGGCAAGGGAACAUGGCUGGUUUGGCUACCGUGUAUGGCGUUUCGGAGUCGUGGCCGCGGCCACAGCCUUGGUCCUCAACUUUACCCUCUGGUCCUUCUGGGGCCAGCCGUUCCUCGAGCACACCUACCUGUACCACCUCUCGCGCCUCGACCACCGACACAACUUUAGCCCUUACUUUCUCCCCAUCUACCUGUCACUCACUGGCGGCGAUGCGAGCGUCGACAGUCCUUGGCUCUCGGCCUUGCUGAACGUGUUGCGCAAUCCGCUGGCCUCGUUUCUCCCACAGGUGUCCCUUGUCAUCAUCGCCGGCGUGGCACUGACAAGAGCCGUGGGGAUCGAAGCGGCAAUGUUCUUCCAGACAGCAUUGUUUGUGGCGUUCAACAAGGUGUGCACCAGUCAGUACUUUCUCUGGCCCCUCCCGCUGGUCCCCCUCCUCUCCCUCCCCUCACUCACAUGGCGCACCCUCGCCAUUGCACUGGUCGCAUGGAUUGGCGGGCAGGCGCUGUGGCUCGCGACAGCCUACCGCCUCGAGUUCCUCGGCGAACCAGUCUACAUCCAGCUGUGGGGCGCAGGCUUGCUACUGUUCGCGGCCAGCGUCGGCGGCAUUGGCGCGCUGCUGGACGGGGCUCUGCCUAGGGAUAAGUGA